CGCAGAACGGUCGUUUACUUCGGUGAGUGCGGGCACCAUAAAUAUGAGUAGCCACCAGCAUUCCGGCAAAGAUAGACAACUAUCCGCUCAGGAUCAGAAAGCUUUCGUCGACUCUUUUGAUGUGGUAAUUUGCGAUUGUGAUGGUGUAAUGUGGAUGAUAGUUACACCAUUGCCCCGAACUGGAGAGGCUGUGAAUACGCUGAAAGCGAAAGGCAAGCGGGUGCUCUUUGUAACGAAUAACAGUUUGCAAACGGAUGAGGGAUAUGUGAAGAAGUUCAGUGAUAUAGGAGUGGAAAACUUUCAAAAAGAUGAUAUUAUACACCCAGCUAAGUCUAUGGUGCACUAUUUGAAAAGGCAGAACAUUAAGCAGCCGGUUUUCUCGUUAUGCUAUGAUACGGCUAAUGAAACAUUGCGAAGCGGAGGCCUAAAUGUAAUUACUUUGGAGGCUCCCCCAAACGUACAAAUCCAAACGAUUGCCGAUGUUACAAAGCCUGAACAAAAAGUUGGUGCUGUCCUAUACGACAUUAAUUUAAACUUAAAUUAUGCGCAAAUCUGUGCGGCUACACGUUAUCUAAAAGAUAAAGAUUGCGUUUUCAUUGCGGCCGGCACGGACUGGCUGUUGCCGAUGACAUCCGAUUUAACGAUGCCAGGAUUCUGUGAUACGCUCGAAACAAUACAGAGGUUUACGCACAAAGAGGCUAUAAUUGUCAGCAAACCGGCGGCAUUGUUGGGUGACAUAGUGAAGGAAAUUUACAAAUUGAAAGAUCCAAAACGUUGCCUGUUUAUUGGCGAUUCUAUGACGCACGACAUACGCUUCGCCCUCGCAGUUGGCUUUCAAGCGUUGCUCGUUUUGUCCGGCAGCACUCCGAAAGAGGAAAUGUUGGCAGCCGACAUUGAGCAGCAACCUGAUUAUUACGCGGAUGGUAUAGUCGAUUUCAUAACACUUUUUGAAAAUAUUACAAAUGCUUAGAAUAAAAUCGCAGUAGUAUUAUUUUUACUA